AUGAUAUCACGAGCAUUAGAAUCUGAAUUUGGUGGAUCAAUAGGUGUAUUAUUUUUCUUUGCUAAUGUUAUUGGUAAUGGACAAAGUGUUGCAGCUCUUGUUGAAGCAUUAGUUGAUAGUUUUGGACCUGGAAGUAAAGCAAAUGCUUUUCAAGAUACACAAUGGUGGAGAUUUUUAUAUGGAACAAUAAUUAAUAUAAUUAGUCUUAUAACGUGUUUAGUUGGUUCAUCAUUAUUUUCUAUGGCAACAUUUUUUAUAUUUAUUCUUGUUAGUUUUAGUUAUCUUAUGGUUGUUGUUUCAUUUUUUGUUCAAAGUCCAAAACCUGUUAUUAUACCAAGAGUUAAUACAUAUGCAUAUGAUCAUCAAUCAUCAGUAUUUAAUAAAACAGAUUUAAUUUAUGGAUAUUAUACUGGUUUUAGUUCAAUAACAAUGCGUGAAAAUACUUAUGCAAAUUAUACAACUGGUGAUAUGAUAAAUUUUGCUACAGUUUUUGGUGUACUCUUUUCAAGUAUAACAGGUUUAUUGGCUGGAGCAAAUAUGUCAGGAGAAUUAAAACGACCAAGUCGAAGUAUUCCAACUGGUUCUAUAUCUGCUAUAUUCAUUACAGACACAUUACUUAUGCCUGCUACAACUGAUCGAUUUACAUUAACAAACAAUUAUUUAUUUUUACAAGAUAUUAAUAUUUGGGCACCAUUUGACUUAUUUGGUGCAUCAAGAAUAUUAGAAGCAUUAGCUAUUGAUGAAAUUUUUGGAUCAGUACUUCGUUGGAUUCGACAGGGAACAACUCAUCAUGGUAAUCCAUGGGCUACUGUCAUAGUUACAUUUAUACUUGUACAAUUAACUUUAUUUAUUGAUUCAAUGAAUAAAAUAGCACCAAUUGUAACAAUAUUUUUUCUUCUUGCUUAUUUUUGCAUAUCAGCACCAAAUUUUCGACCAACAUUUAAAUAUUUUUCACGGCAUACUGCAUUAAUAGGUGCUGUUGGAUCGAUAAUAAUGUGUUUUAUUGUAUCGGCUGCAAUUGCUAUUGGUAUUUUAAUUGGUUUUAUUUAAACAACAACAGGUUGUUUACUUGCAGCAAAUGCAUUAGGUAAACGAGAUAUAUUAGCAUCGGAUGUUGGAAUACAAGCAACAGAAGAAUUACUCAAAGAUUUAUCUCAUGAAACAUGUGUUGAUCGAUAUUUAAAUUAG